UUGAUGCCCACCUGGUCGGCUUGGUCAAUCAUGCUUUUUGCCGUUUUUUUCAUCUUUUUUACUCUGUUUCCAACGCUUCAUUGGUGUAUAUAUAUUCCUGAACAGAAUGUGCUUCUUGCAUUCAGCACACAAGUCAGGAAACGCCUGCUCUACACAGAGAACAGAUUUCAUGGGCUGUUCCUUGAAAUGAAUCCUGAUGGCUCCGUCAGAGGGUCUCCGGAACAGAGACAAAACUGUGUGCUGAAACUGCGUUCAGUGAAAGCGGGUGAGACGGUCAUCCAAAGUGCGGCUACAUCUCUCUACCUUUGUGUGGAUGAUGAAGACAACUUGAAAGGACAGCCUCUUUACUCUAAAGGAGACUGCAUCUUUCAGGAAUUGCUACUGGAAGAUGGAUAUUCUUCUUUCCUUUCUCCACACACUCGGCUUCCUGUGUCGCUCCCCUCAAAGCAGUCUGGACAGAAACAUGGGGCUCCACUUUCUCGGUUCCUCCCCAUUAUGAAUACGGUGGCAGAGGACAGCCAGAUACAGGAGGUGAAACAGUAUAUUCAGGAUUUAAACCUGGAAUAUGAUGACCCACUUGGAAUGAGACAUCGGUCACACACUCUCUCCAGUCCCAGUCUGCAUACUAAGAAAUGAGGACGGGUGAACGUCAGUUAUGGAGGCACUCUUUACAUUAUCACUGGACUGCAAGGUAAAAAAUGUUUUGUUUACUGUAUUUUGUUGCCUGAAAGUGUAUUUAUUUGAAUAUAUUUAUUUAUUCACUAUGGUCUAAAAUUAUUUAAAUGAAUCAUUAUUUAAAGUAUCAUUAUUAACUUAAACAUUGUUAUAUUAAACAUUAAAUAAUUAUUACUGUAAAUUAAACAUUACAUUUUAAAUAACGUGACGGAUAUCUGCUGGAGCAGAUUCCACUUUCAGUUUGUUUGUUCUUUUUGUAGUUCGCUUGUAAAGUCACUUCAGUAUGAUUCUUGUGUGAUUAAAAAUUUUAAUAAAUAGUACACCAACAUG